AUGGUGGCCUACAUGUGCCCAGCUAUUCCAGGAACUCAGUUCACUGAUGUGACAGACAAGCUUGCAACUGGGGGCGGCACCAUGAAGGCCAUCAAGAAGGAAUCCCGGAUCAAAAUGCUCACUAGCAGGCUGGUGGAGUCCACAGACGCCGUCAAAGACAGGAAGCGGGCAAAGGCCCCUGAACAGCCAACACCCCCCAUUCAGGAAGAGCCGGAGCCUGUUAGCAAUGUCCUACAAGGAGAUGAUAUUCUUGCUUUAGGUAUUAAGAAGGAAGACUUGGAGAAGCAACACAUACCUCAACUUAUUAGGCCAGAAGACAAGCCUGCUAUUACCCAGAAGUUUAUCAUCCGUAAGCUCAAACCCAAGGAUUUGAGGAAGAAGGUUUCCCACUUGGUAGCACAUUCUACUAAUCCGGACAUGACCGCCAAGCCCCUGGAUUAUUCUGGUCUAGGUGACAAAUUAGAUGAUGGUGACCAGAUCCUACCUCAUCAUAUCUUGGGGAGUCUCCAGGAUUUCAAGAGAAUUGCACUUGCUCGAGGGAACAUCAAGCUGGCUGAGAUGAUACACAUAGAGCCCUAUCAGAAGACUGUCAUCUCAGCUAAAGAAGAGCCAGAACCAAAGGCCCCAAAGGAAGAGAAGAGACCUCCCUGGGCCCCACCUCCUCAACACAACUCUCUGAAAAACUGGCAGAGGCAUGUCACCCUGUGGAAGAAGCAGCAGGAAGCCCUCAGCGAGCAUCUGAACAAGCCUGUGAAUGAUCUGCUGAUGCAUAGUGGGGAGACCUACAGACGGAUCCAGGAGGAGCGGGAACUCAUUAGCAGAGUACUUCCAAUGCAAUAUAAUGAGAAAGUGAGGACUCGACCCCUAAGUGCCCUGGCAUGGACCGCUGCUGGGUUCUGGAGCCCACUGGAAUGCUUGGGCGAUGAGAUGACAGGUGUAAUCAUGACCAAGACAAAGACACAGUAUGGCCUCGUGGAGCCCAUCACUCACAUCAGGAAGCCCUGCUCCAUCCAGAUGGAGAUAGGAUUACUAGAUAAGAAGGAUGCUUGGUACCGCUACACCUGGGACCGGAGUCUGUUUCUGAUCUACCGACGCAAGGAGCUAAAGGACCUCAUGGCUGAGCUGGAUUUCAGCCAGCAGGAUAUUGAUGGCCUGGAAGUCGUAGGCCAAGGGCAGUCCUUCUCAUCCCAAACAGUGGACGAUUACUCAGUGUUUGAAAGGAACGCAGAAAGCUCCUCCUCGGAAGAUACUAUCUCAGAGGUCUCAUCUCAAGGAAUAGAUGGGGAGAAGCUGAGCGGGAGCAGAGAUUUACUUAGCUGUUACCCUGAUUCAGGCCCCAUGCCUAUUCUUGGCCCUUCUCUGAUGUUCUGUGGGAAGCCUGCUGUCUGGAUCAGAAACAGUAACCCAAAGGGCAAGAGGAAUGUUGGAAUUGCUGUUCGCUUGACUUUCGAAAAUCUUGAAGGGGAGAAAACAUCUUCAGAACUGACCGUGGUCAACAAUGGCACUGUGGCCAUUUGGUACGACUGGCGACGACAGCCACAGAUGGACUGUUUCCAAGACCUGAAGAGAAAUAGGAUGCAGAGAUUUUACUUCAACAACCGGGAAGGUGUAAUUUUGCCUGGAGAAAUGAAAAAGUUUACCUUCUUCUUCAAGUCAGUGAAUGCUGGGGUCUUUAGGGAAUCCUGGGAGUUUGGAACCCACCCUACCCUUCUGGGAGGUUCUAUCCUGCAGGUCAACCUUCUCGCAGUCUCCCUGGCCCAGGACAUUUUUAGGGAGGAGAGGUUGUCGCUGGAGAACGAGCUGAAUGCCCAAGAGGCAGUCACCGUUGCAAAGAGUAUGCUGGAGGAGAUUCUGAGGGGGGUCUUGUCCCCAGAGCGCACACCAUCCCCCGUGGAUGCCUGUCUCACAGAGGAGCAAUUAUUUCAGCACAAGCAUCCCCAGUUGUAUUACAAGCAUCAAGUGAUACAAAAUUUGCACCAGUUGUGGCAUGAGUAUAUAAUCCUGCCCUUCAAAGCCCAAGACCUCCGGCUAAACCAGGAUGAGCACCUGAGCCCCAAGGCCCGUGGCACCACAGCUCCAACAGCCUAUAAGGGAAAGAAGAGCCCAGCUGAGCACCUGGCCCACAUUAGGAGCCUUCUCAUGGAGCCAUCUCAGCAGGAGCGUGAUGGCUACAGGGACUCCCGGGAUUCUUCCCUGCCCCAGAGGCAUGGAGGAGACCUCAGGUUCUCUCAACGGAGGAGCAUCAUAGAGGAGGUCCUGGUGGAGGAGAGCCCAGAACUGGAGGACACCAGGAACCCUUGGGAGUCAGACAGCCUGCCCCUGCCUGAGUGGAACCUCAGUCUGGUGGACUUCAGAAAGGCAGUGAUGACACUCCCUGAGGAGCACCAGAGAGAAAGUGCCCUAGCCCAGCUCAACAAGGCAGCACUGGAGCUGUGCCAAGAUCAGAUGCCAUUGCAGUCCAACCUCCUGCACCAGCUGUGUUUGCAACUGUGGCGUGAUAUGAUUGACAGCAUGGUGGGCCAUUCUCUAUGGCUAAGGGUUGUGCUAGGCCUGCCUGAGAAGGAGACCAUCUAUGUGGAGGUUCCAGAAGAGACAGGUCGAAAAUUAUCUCCUACUUCAGAAGCCAAAACACCAACCGUGAAAGUUGGGAAAGAAGAACGAAAAGGAGCAGCCCAAGAAAAGAAGCAAUUGGGAGUCAGAGAGAAAGAUGACAAAAAAGGACUCAAGACACCAGGGAAAGAGGACCGGCUCAAUAGUAAGAAGCAGAAGGCCAAAGACGAAAAGAAAGUAAUCAAAACUUCAAGUCGAGACAGGCUUGCCUCAGAAGAUCCUGCAGCAAUGGACACGACCACAUCUUCCCAGGAGCCAACGGAUCCCCAGGUCAUGGAGAAGUACAUCCGACGGCUGUACACAGAGGUCUAUGGGCUGCUAGAGUCCCUGCUGUCCGACAUGAUGGUCCUGGCUGACGAGAUCAGCUCUAUGACUGUCUACAACUCUUGAACCCAAGCAA